AUGAAGUCCUCGCCGGCAUCUGUGGUCGGCAUACUCGACCGACUAUCCACCGGCGUCUCCAGGGUCAGCAUACGGCAUGGCCACACGACUCCAAGGCGCAAGCAGCCGCGCCCUGAGCUGACCGGCUUCAAGCCAGGCCUCGGCGAGCGCAUCUGGGUGCACCACCACAUCGCCCAGGGCAUGAUCAUUUACACACAUGAGCCCCAACUACCACGCACUUCCCACAAGGGCCUCUCCCAGAUUCCUUACACGGUCAAGAAGCAGAAGCCAGCACAGCUGAGGAUGGACUACUGGGCCCCGUUGUGUAUGAUCGAGGUGCCCAAGGGCCUCGGCGUCGUCGGCCGCAACGUUAUGCAGAAGCUGCGCGAGUUCCGGCACCGGCACGAACUCGAGUGGGGGUGGCAGGCCGAGGAGCUGGCGGCCAAGAGCAGGAGGGAGCGUGGCGAGAUGAUCCACAACCAAAGGUCAAACGCCAUCGCCGACAUAGCUGCUGUGCUGGCCGGCGCGGGCAGGGGCAACAAGAUGUGGAGGCCCAAGCCACUGGCGGAGGACGCCGAGGCUGCGGCUGAGGCUUCUGAGGAGGCGGAGGUCAAGUCCCAACCUGAGGGCGCAGCAGCGCCGGAGAAUAUCGACGAGACAGCGGCCGCAGCAGAUGGAACGCAUGGAUCACCGGCAAAGUCAAAACCCAGGAGAAAGGCAAAGGCGGCAGCGGCUCCGGCUGAGAAAACGCUCGUCGAGGCUAAAAUCUACUGGUCCAACGAUGCGGACCGCUACUGGGCUAGCGAAUGGUCCGAGAACGUGACACAUUCUACUGGCCUGCCCAAGCACAUUACGAACCCACGGUUCAAGACGAAGUACUUAUUGGAAGAGCCCGUGGAGGAGCCUGGUGUUGCAGAGUCUCGCCACGUCCAAGGGUCUGCCGUGGAGCCAGCAACGGGGGCCGGGCAAGAGGAGAAGCCCCAGGGCAAGAAGGGUUGGUUCGGAUGGCUGGGAGGAAAGAGUGGAAACUCUUCGCAGGAGACCAGAGUGUAG